ACGGAAGUAAACUAAACGUGGAGCGCGAGCGACAACCAUAGACAGUAAAAGAAAGGACACGACUGGCCGUUUUUAUGCAGUCUAUGCAACUGACCUGCACAUACUCUAAAUUUACUGAUAGUUAAAUGUGUAAUUUAAUUGUUUAAUUGUAAAUGUGUAGUUUAAAAUUUCACUUCGAAAUAAAUUUCAAAUAUGAAUGAUACAAAUAUCAUAUCAUACCUUACCAAAGAAAUACUUUAGACAGGUGAAACCAAUCAAAUAUAAAAAGUAUUGUUAACAAGAUUAAGUUUUAUGUUUUUACGAUGCAGCAGAAUUCUGAAUCUGAUCAUAUUCAACUGGACUUGCCAACAAAUAGUAGAAAACUUAAUGUUCUAGUUGGUUUGACUGGCAGUGUAGCUGCACUCAAGGCGCCUUUGUUGGUAACACAACUACUUGAGAUUCCAGGGGUUGAUGUCCGUGUGGUCACCACAGACCAUGCCACUCAUUUUUACGAUAUCAGUGAAGUCCCUGUCCGUGUGUACACAGAUAAGGAUGAGUGGGAGAUGUGGACAAAGCGCUCUGACCCUGUGCUUCAUAUCGAACUUAGACGUUGGGCAGAUCUGCUAGUAAUCGCUCCACUGGAUGCCAACACACUUGGUAAAAUUGCCAGUGGAAUAUGUGACAACCUCCUGACAUGUGUGGUGCGGGCCUGGGACUCCAGCCGUCCUCUGCUCUUCUGUCCUGCUAUGAACACAGCCAUGUGGCAGCACCCUAUCACUGCACAGCAGGUGGCCAUGCUUAAAAGCUUUGGCUACGUUGAGAUACCAUGCAUUGCCAAAAAACUAGUCUGUGGAGAUGAAGGUAAAGGCGCCAUGGCAGAGGUUUCAACUAUUGUUGAAACUGUCAAACAAUACAGUCCAGAAACAUCCUGAAUGACCUCGGACUAAACAUACCAAUGGUAAAGAGAUACAAAGUUAUCUAUGGAGCCCCAUUUCUUAAUAAAAACUAAAACACUAUAUUUCCAGAAUAAAAAAGAAUAAAUUGAAAUGUGUGGAAUUGUAUAUCUCACACUUCUGAAUUUUUAAAUUGUAAGAUAGAAACUCAGAAUUGUUAGAUAUAAACUUGCAGUUCUUAGAAAAAAAGUCAGAAUUGUGAAUGAAAAAAGCAAUUAAAAUUCUUAAAAGUCAAAAUACAAAGUUUACAAUCUGACAAAUCUUGACUUUUUUCAAAAAUUGCUAGUUGACAUCUUUUUGGAUCUUAGAAAUGUGAGAAACAAAGUCUAAAUUGUGAAGAUGCAAUUACCCUUUAUUUUUUUCAUGGCAGAACCCAUCUUUUAUAGUUAUCUGCACAAAGACAAUUUAAGGUGUUAUGAUAUGUAAAAUGUUUAAUAUUUUAGUGUUUUACAAUUAUACGUAUCAAUGUUAAGAAACCUACAAACAAAAUGUUCCUGUUAUUUAUGUUUGUAAUGGUUACAUUCAUUAUAUCCAUUUAUUUUUACAUAGUAAUUUCAAAUAAGCUACUUAAUUAUUUUCUAUACUGAAAAUGUUCCUCAUAAUAAAGUGUCACAUAUCAGCAUAGUUAAAUGUCACUGUUGUUUAAUCUUUGGAUCUGCCCUGGUAGCUAAUCCUUAUUUUGAAACUAAUUAUGAUAAAUGAUCAGAGGACUGACACAGUCUGUUGUUACUUAAUGGCAUCGGAUUAAUGAGCACAAAAAUCAUGUAAUGUUAUAAUAGUAGAAUAUUUUACAGGAAAACAUAUUUAAAACAUGUUUACUUGAUAAUUUAACUGGUUUAAAUGUUAGAAGUCUUCAUUUUGACGUGUGAAUGCGUGUUCUGUCUGUGACCUUUCCCCCAGCGAGGGCUUCAGAGGUCGAGUGAGUUCAGAGGCCUCUAACCACAACAGCAGCAAGAGAUGUUCAUGAAAAUAGUCUCAGGUUGUGCUAGAAGAUACUAAUACGUUUAACACCUCCAAAUAUCUUGUUUUGUUCAGGUACAUAUCCUGUUGCAGAUUACCGUUAGAAAUGUGUUCCAUCUGUUAAUCAUAUGUGGUUAACCACCUUGAUUCUCAUUUUGCUCAGAUAUGCCAACAGCACGAGCAUAGAUAUAUAUAUAU